UUAAGACAAGAACAAAACCUUAAAAACAAUCAUAAGAGGAAAACAAUUCUUGCAACAAAGAGGGUAAUUCCAAAAUGGCUAGGUUCCAAGGUUUAAUUCUUACCGCUUUGUUGGUUUCGAGUUUGAUCAUGUUAACCGAAAGUCGGGUCGCAAGAAAGGAUUUGGGAAUCGAUCUUGGCGGGAUCGGGGUCGGGUUAGGCGUUGGGUUGGGCAUCGGUCUAGGUGGUGGCGGCUCGGGCUCGGGAGCCGGUGCAGGUUCGGGUUCGGGUUCGGGAUCUAGUUCAUCCUCUAGCUCUAGCUCAUCAUCGAGUUCUAGCUCUAGUGGUUCGCGUGGCUCAUCCGGUUCAGAGGCUGGUUCAUCCGCAGGAUCUUUUGCCGGGUCAAGAGCUGGAUCUGGUUCGAACGGUGGUAACUAAAACCCUAAAUUCGGUCCAUUCAAAAAAAGAAUACUACGAAUUUGUGUUAUACAUAUAUAUGUAUGUAUGUUGAAAUAAAUUAUGGUUAGGUUGAAGAAAUCAUCCAUGCAAGUUACGGUUACUUCAGUGUCUUAUGCCCUGUAACGUUGUCCGUGUGAAAUGUUAAAUGUCAUUUUCUUGUGAAAACGCUACUACUGUUGCUACUACUUGUUUUAUAAAAAUAAAUACAUGUUGUGAGGGUUGGGUUUUAGAAUAUAUUAA